GGUGAGUUAUGAGAGAGAAGUGGUUGAGUUGUCUCAUAAAGGUAUAUCAUGAAGUAUUCAAGAGCAAUUUAAAACACAAAUGAUUAACAAAAAACUAAAUAAAUUGAACUAAAUUUAAUUUAAUUGUGCCGGUGAAACCAAGUUGCAUCAAUGGAUUAAUAGUGCUGCCAUCUUUGAUAUAGUUUAGCGUCUCAAUUGCAUUCUCAAAACAAAAAAUACUAAUAAAGUGAAUACGAAAUAUUGCUUAUUUUUAUUACGAUUGUUAUGCUUACCAGCCUAUUAAACUGUUGUUUACUAAUUUGAUUAAAGUUUUAUCUACUCAUUUUUUGCUUCAAAUUUUCAUUAAUCAGAAACACUUAAAGACCAAGCCAGAAUCAUUAUCAACUUUACUACAGUGAAUUGGCCACAAACAUAUUACACAUCAACAACAAAACCAUCUAUUUACACUUACACACCACACAUUUAUAUAUCAUCAGCUUGAAUUUUCUUCGCUCUCCCUGUUUCUUGUCUUUCUCUUUUUACAUUUUUCUAUCUCUAUCUUUUGUCCAUCAUUUAUUCUCGUAAUCUCAAUUUAUCCUUCUCUCUUCCUCAUCCUGUAACAAUCAUUGCAAGUGUAUCACUUUUUUUAAAAACAUCAUUGAAAGUUUAACAUUGGGAUCAACACCGGGAUAUGUUUUCAUCAUUGAUGGCUGAUGGAGAAAAGGAAGGCUCCUGUUCAUGAUUUUGCGCCUUCUUGGUUGAAGAUUAAUUCUUAUGAUAAAGAUUUAAACAAUACUAACAAAAAGCUAGAUACUAAGCGAUCUGCAUCCUCUGGUCUUGUUGGGGGAGAAGACAAUUUUGACCUUAGGCCUCAAUAUUUAAAGCAACGUGAUAUCAAGGACUCAAUAACAAGUAGUAGUCAAACCAAUCAACAAAAGCCUGUUAAUCAAUCUCAAGUUAAUACGCUAUUUGAUACUGAUAGUGAUAAAAUAAGCGAAGAAGCUUCCCGUCUUAACAAAGGUUGGUCAUCGAGCAUCACAAAUUCUAACAACUCCAAUAGUUGGUCCACAAAUCGCCGUUUCAACCCAAAAGGUAAACCCACCAGUAAUAGUGUUUCAAGUUCAGUAACUGCCGACGAUUCUUUAUCAAGUACGAGAAGAGUAUCUAGCAACUCAAGAAGUAAUGACAUUGGUGUAGCUAAUAUCAAUGGAACUGGACGCGAAGAUUUAACAAAGUCUAACAUUGGUUACCCUCAUCAUCAUCAAAAUCACCCUCAUAAUUUUCAUCAUCACGGUAAUAACAAAGUAAGAUUAAGUAACUCUGCGAGAGAUGAAUCACCACCAGUCUCUGGAGAUGUAGUGGGAGAAACUAUCAAAGGCAAAAGCAAUACCAAAAAUGGUUUCGUCGACAGCAAUAAUUUUCAAGAAGAAUUUCCAUCUUUAGUUGAUGAAAAGCAAGUUGUUGAGAAUAACAACGGAAGCAAUGUUUGGGACAAUGUUGCUAAUAAAGUUUUCCGUAGUGGCGUCGGUAAAGUCAGUUUGGUCUCAAGACAUCUUCAUGGCUCAUCACUUUUUGAUGAAAAAAGUUCCCUCGUGCUUAAUGGUGAAAAGUCAAUGAAUGGUGGAAGUUUGUUUCGAGCGCUUGUUCCAGUUGUGCCAAGAAGAAAAAAUGUUAACUGUAUUAAUGGAAAUAGUAGCGGAUCUAAAGAGAGCACUACUCUUGUUAAUAGUCUGUCCAAUUUAAGUUUAGGCUCCACAGGCAAAAUAAUGCCAGUUUUUGCUAAACCCUCGAAUCAUUCUUCUGCAGGCCAUUCUAUGGCUAUACUUGUUAAAAAACAUCCAAAGAUGAGAAGCAAUAAUAACCUCCAAAAUCAAUCCGUGAGAUCUUCUUCGAGUGACAGUCGACCUGAUCCAAAUGAUGAGCAACGAUCAAAUGACCCUUUUGAUGAAGAUGAUGAUAGAACAACGAACAGCUCAGGAUUGGAUGAAAGUAGCAUCGAAGAAGCUGGAAAAAAGAUCAAAGAUGAACAUUUGCAAGGAGAUGGUUUAAAUGAUAGAGCUGAAAAUGCAGAAGUCCACUUAUUGUCCAGCUCCUUGGAGGCCGAAGAGCGUUUAUUGCGAGAAAUGGGUUGGAGCGAGGAAGAUGGAGAUAAUGGUUUUUAUGCUCCUCUCACAGACGCUGAAGUUAAAGAAUUUAAAGAUCUCAUUCGCGCAAGGAGUAGUUCGAAGCGCCACAUAAGCCCUAAAAUCAAUCGGGGACAGUUCAAAUUCCAGAUCAAUUCCAACCAGCUUCCUUUGUCUCAAUUGAAUUUUCUCAACUCACUAGCCACAGGGAACCAGGACAAUGAUUCUGACUCUACUUCCGAAGAUGAAAGUGAUGAUGACGAUGGUGAUGAAAGAUGAUGGAUUCUAUAAAUAUAUAAGCAAACAUAUAUAUAUUAUAAAAGUAAAAUUUGAAGCUUAAAUUUUGUUGAGAUUCAAGAUUGAUCCGAUAAAGAAAAUCAAAGAUCCUGAGAAUUGGAAUGCACAUAAUAAAAUAUGAUAAAGCUUAUGGUGAAUUAACCGAGACAAAUUAGGCUUAUAACAAAACAAACCACAAUGUACACAACACUGCGAAAGACUCUCUCUCUCUCUCUAUCUCUUUCUUUCUCUCUCAUGGCUAAUCAAAAAAAAUAAAAAAGAAACAACUCCUUGAUAAAAUCUUAGGCCUUCGUCCAAAUUUCCCUGAUAUCCGCUGGCCAAAAAUCAGAAGCUUUUUCUGAAAUAAGCAAACAUCAAACUUUUUAACGCAAAGCUUUAUCCUUCUCUCGGCUUUAUCCACUAAAUAAAGAAAUGAGCUCGUUCUAAAUAUUGUAUUUCUAUCGUAUUUUAUAUAUAUAUUCAAACUUUACCUAAUACAAGAAACUAGCUCUUAAAACAUUAAUUUCUUACUAUUACCGAUGACCUCAUUAAGGCAAAUGGCAGCGAAAUCAAAAUUGCCGAAUAAUUUCAUUACCAAACAACAGUGUACUUUACCGUUCUUUAAUCGUUGCCUCAGUCCAAAAAUUAAUUUUUCAUAGUAAAUAUAAUGAUUAAUACCAACCCUUAAAUCUUGA